AGCGAAGCAUACGUGCAUAAUCAGCAGCACCACAUACUUGAAGUCAGUGUGUUUUAGCGAGUGAACCUUACAACUGUGAAUCGUAUUGUCCGUGACCCCAAGGUUGUUACUAGACGAGCACAGCUUGAACGCCGUUAUGAGGUGCGUUUUGUGGACAUACCAACUCUUGGCAACCGCCUUGUUUCUCUGGUUAACUUUGUGUAGUACAAUCACCGUUGCUCAACAAACUGCAAACACAAAGAACGUUGGAAAAUGCGAGAAAAUCACGAUACCCCUAUGCAGAGGGAUUGGAUACAACACGACGAGAUAUCCGAACUUUCUUGACCAAGAAAGCCAAGAAGAGGCAGCAGCRAAAGUACAUGAAUUCAAACCUUUAAUAGCCGUGAGCUGUAGCCCUCAUUUAAGGUUCUUUCUAUGCUCGGUGUUUGCGCCGAUGUGUACUAAGGAAGUCAAUGCUCCWAUCUAUGCGUGUAGGUCGAUGUGCGAGGCAGCGCGUAAUGGUUGUGCUCCCAUGAUGAAGCGUUUUGGCUUUGAUUGGCCAGAAACACUAGACUGCAAUCGCUUGCCGGAGAAAAACGACCCGCGCUCAAAGAGUGAUCCAACCAAGCUAUGUAUGUCUGCACCUAACAUGAAACAUACUCCAGUCAAUGACACUGAUAUAUGGAACGUUCUACAGAAAAUGGGGCCAGAGUUUGAAGCAAUAUACAAGAACCUGGCGGGGAAGCUACCCCCAAAUAAAAAAGACAAAGAUGAGAAAGAUUCUACUUCAGGCACUGAUGGUGAUUAUAACUUCUUUUUCAAAAGUCCAAACAUCACAGUAGCCAAUAGUCUAGCUUUAUUAGCUUGUAAAAACAAUACYGGGCCAUUAAGCAAGAAAUAUGCGUAUGUGGAAAAGUACGAACAGUGUGUACCACGGUGCCCAAGUGAAUUGCUCUUUUCUCAAGACAACAAACGCUUUGCGAACAUCUGGAUAAGCGUUUGGGCUAUACUCUGUUUCAUCUCCACUACGAUCACGGUGUUAACAUUUGCCAUUGACACAUCGCGAUUUAAAUAUCCUGAGCGGCCGAUCAUAUUUCUUUCCAUAUGUUAUAAUCUGUAUUCACUGGGCUAUAUCAUACGAAUGAUCGCUGGCCGUGAGAAUGUGAUUUGUGAUUCUACMAACACUUACGUGGUGCAAUCUGGAAUGAACGUGGCUGACCAUGCAACUUGUUCAGUGGUAUUUUUGCUGUUGUAUUACUUUGGUAUGGCAUCUGCACUCUGGUGGGUCAUUCUCACACUUGCCUGGUUUCUCGCGGCGGGACGUAAAUGGGGUCAAGAAGCUAUCGAACGCAAAGCGACGUACUUCCAUGUCGUUGCAUGGACUAUCCCUGCUAUCCAAACAAUCCUCGCUUUGAUCAUGAGAAAAAUCGAUGCUGACGAGCUCACUGGUUUAUGCUUCGUUGGCAACUCCGAUCCUGCSAACUUGUCGAACUAUGUGAUAGCCCCGCUAAGCUUGUACCUUAUUAUUGGGACAAUAUUUCUCCUCGCCGGUUUCAUCUCUCUUUUUCGCAUUCGCAUGGUACUAAAAAGUAAGGAAACUAAUACAGACAAAUUGGAAAAGUUGAUAGUACGAAUUGGGGUGUUUUCAGUGUUAUAUAUCAUCCCAGUGACUUGUGUUAUCGUGUGUUACUUCUACGAACGAAAUAAUAUCAAUGGAUGGAAGGCCCUUGCGCCUCUUAAUCUCAUUAUGUGUCGUGAAAGCAGCGCGUGCCUCGAGAUGUAUGGCCCCAAUACUGAAGUUUUUGUCGUGAAAUUCUUUAUGCUUUUAAUAAUUGGAAUUACUUCGAAUAUGUGGAUUUGGUCUACUAAAACAUUUAAGUCAUGGACACAGUUUUAUAUGAAAAAAGCAGGCAAAAAACAAAAGCCCAAAAAGAAAAUGGACUUUGCUGCGGCAAGUGAGAUUCGCAAGCCACAAGCAGCACAACAACCUCCUCAAAUGAUCGGAAAUCCAUAUACAAGUUUAAUUCCACCUACACCUAUGUCAGUUACUAGUUCAGCGAACAAUGCUUCCUUUCAGCAAAGCAAAGCAAGUGGACUAUCACCAAUGGCCACAGUGUAACACCAGCUGACUAUCGCUGACCGCUAACAAGGGCCUUAAACUCCAUACAAUAGAACAUGAUAUUUAUCAAUGCUAGAAACGUGGAUCUUAAUACCUAUCUACAUUCAAUAUCUUGGUGUAAUAGUCUAAGUACGCCUUCUGCGAGGAAUGAAAUCAACGAAAGGAUAUUGAAUUCUGUAUAAUAUAAACAAUUAAUUAGGCCGAAAAUGGGAGUCAAAAUAAGGAAAUUUUACAUUAUUUGGUAGUCUUUUCUUUCGAGACACGAAGAAUAUAUACUGGUAUUAAACGAAYCAUUUGGUAAACGAGAUUCAAGCUACAACAAUAUCAUUGUUUAUAGCAAGCCAGCCGAUCAGGAACAUUAGCCUCAGGGUCGCUUUUAUUCUUUCAAAUGAAUACGUGUUUUUCAAAAUAUGACAUUUCAUAGGCAAAAUUGUUACCCCUUACGGCAAACGCUUUGUUGUACUUUACGUUUUAAACCAACAUCUUCACCCUCCCGCGGUGAACAUGAAUGCCUUUAACUGUAACUGUUAUAUUCUUCACUGUGCAUUUUCAUUCAGAGGGAGGAGUCGAGAUUCAAGAAACCAUAUUCAUUUAUAUGCAAGUAAAAUGAUUUAGUUUUGUCCCUUGUAAAUAUCCGCAUUCAAGAUAAUAACUUCAAACGUUGUUGUAAAUUUUGUCGAUUUUCAUUUUGGUUGUAAAAAGUUUUCAUAAAAAUCAUUAUCUUUUUUGAUAAACGUUUGAAAUCGAAAUAAAAAGACGCAAAACGCUUUUGAUGUUGUCAUACGAAAGAUAUCUACGAAUUGUCCGUCCGGAAACUCACUGUAAUCCACAGUGACGUUACUUUGGACGUGAAAUCAUCUUUUUGCUAUGGAAAUGAAAGCUAGCGCAAACCGAACACUGVGAGUUGCGGGUCAACUCGUURAAGUAUCAGUUUUCAAUAAUAAAGCUAUGCGGACUCGGAAUGUCUUGAUAACAAUCUUAAAUUUUGUGUUUCAUUUUAAAUGAAUUACUUCCUACGAUCUACUUGAAUCUCGAGAAAUCAAGUCAAGUUUGUCUGUAUCUGAUUGAGGUUCAAAAGUUCACAUAAUUUCAGUAUAGCUACAGACAAAUUACGUACCAAUCGAUCAAAUAUUAUUUUCAAUCUUUCUCGUUUAUGAAUGACUGGUUCAAAAAAUCAAUUUUCUACAUAAAGUUGGAAAGUAGACUGUUGUUGUCGGGAAUGCCAAGUCUGUCAAUCUGUGUCAAGAGUUUCUUCCUGUAAUUUCAUUGGCUUUUUGGGUUGUGAUAAGAAAUGUCGGAAAGACUUCAAACGCAAGAAGAUAUGUUUGACUGAGUAUCGUCUUUACAUUGAGCCGCCAAGCAAAACGCCAAAUAAAAGUUUCUUAUUCAAUGAAAAAGCAGCCUACACAGUUCGUGACCUCCAUUUAAGAGG